UCCAACUUUCACUCAUUUGUGUUCAAGUUCUUGUUGGAUUCGGAGGUAUUUUUUUUCGGUUGACUUUUUUUUUUGGUGUUAUAUAAAUAAAAUUGAGUCACAAUGUCGGUCGGUUCGGUGAUUGUUAUUGGAAUAAUUGCGUUCGUUUCGUUUCUUUAUUCGAUGCUUACGCUUCCAAUUUAUUUCUUGGUUCAACAGCCGUGGAAAAUGAGGCAGAGAAUUAAGGAAGUUAAAGCUAAACCAGUCAGUUCAUCAAGCACAGCAAUUACUUACAAGAGCAUCCGACCCAACAUGGAACUUCAUCUAACACUUCAGAGACAAAAUGUUGAUACACUUGAGAAAAUGUUCAAGUUUGCAGCACUUAAUUACAAAAAUAAAAAGUGUCUUGGAACUAGACAAAUCCUUGCUGAGGAAGAUGAAAGACAGCCUGAUGGUAAGAUCAUGAAGAAGUUCAGGAUGGGUGUCUAUAAAUGGAGAACUUUUGAUGAAGUCAAUGUCGAAGCUUCAAACUUUGGUAAGGGACUUCGUGAACUUGGAGUCAAUCCAAAAGACAGAAUUGUCAUAUUUGCUGAGACUCGAGCUGAAUGGAUGAUUGCUGCACAUGGAUUAUUUAAGCAAAACUGCACCUGCUGUACAAUUUAUGCAACUCUUGGUGAAGACGGUAUUGCCUUUGGUGUUAAUGAGACUGAAGUUAAGUUUGUCAUAACAAGUCAUGAGUUGAUGCCAAAAGUUAGAAAUAUUUUAAAGGAUAUCCCCAAUGUCCAUACAGUUGUUUACUUUGAAGAUCAGUUAAACCCAACUGACACAUCUAACUUUGGAAAUGUAAGAGUCGUGCCUUAUACAGAAGUUGUAAGGAAAGGAGCUAACAAUCGUCAUGAUGAACAUUCACCAUCUCCUGCUGACAUUGCAAUUUUGAUGUACACAAGUGGAUCAACUGGAGUUCCAAAGGGUGUUAUGUUGUCCCAUGCAAACUGUAUUGCCACAUUAAAGACAUUUUCGGAUGGUAUCAAAAUAUUCCCUGAAGAUGUCUUCCUUGGUCUACUCCCGCUUGCUCAUGUUUAUGAGCUACUUGCUGAGACUAUUUGCUUAUGUCUUGGUGUUCCUAUUGGUUACUCGACAGCACUCACUCUCCUUGAUACUAGUCUUAAGGUUAAAGCUGGAACGAUGGGAGAUGCUCGUGCUUUAGAGCCGUCAGCAAUGACUGCUGUUCCACUGAUUCUUGAUCGUGUCCGUAAAGGUAUUACUGAUAAAAUGAGCAAAGAAUCAGCUGUGAAGAAGGCUCUAUUUGAAUAUUGUGUCAAUUAUAAACGACGCUGGGUAAGACGAGGAUAUAGAACUCCGAUUGUUGACAAGAUUGUCUUUAAGAAAGUCGCUGCAUUACUUGGUGGAAAAAUGAGAGCAAUGAUAAGUGGAGGAGCACCUUUAUCGCCAGAUACUCACGAAUUCAUCCGAAAUUCACUUUGCUUAGACGUAGUUCAAGGAUAUGGAUUAACUGAGACAACAGCUGCUGCAACAUUGAUGGAGCAAGCUGACUGGUCUUUAGGGCGAUCCGGUGCACCAACAACAAUAUCUUCAAUUAGAAUUGUGAAUUGGGAUGAAGGAAAUUACAUGGUGACCAAGAAGCCACAUCCACAAGGUGAAGUUAUUGUUGGUGGUGAUAAUGUGUCAAUGGGAUACUUUAAGAGACCAGUUGAGAAUGAAGAGACAUUCUUUGUUGAAAAUGGAGUCAGAUGGAUGAGAACUGGUGACAUUGCUGAGGUUCAUGAGGAUGGAACUGUCAAGAUUAUUGAUCGUAAGAAGGAUUUGGUCAAGCUUCAACAUGGCGAAUAUAUUUCCCUCGGUAAAGUCGAAUCGGAGCUGAAAACAUGCAUUUUUGUAGAAAACAUUUGUGUCUAUGGUGACUCAACAAAGACUUAUUGUGUUGCUGUAAUUACACCAGCAGAAAUUGGAUUAAAGGACUUGGCAGCAACACUUGGAGUUACUGGUGAAAUUGAGCAGCUCUGCAUGAAUCGUGAAGUCACAAAUCUUGCAUUAAAGAGAAUUCAGGAACAUGCAGCAAAAUCAAAUCUUAUUAAGUUUGAAAUACCAACCAAAAUCACAUUAGUGCCCGAGCAAUGGACACCCGAGUCUGGACUUGUAACAGCUGCCUUUAAAAUUAAAAGGAAAGAAAUUCAAAACAAAUAUAAAGCUGAAUAUACAAAAAUGUAUAUUUAAUGCUGUAUGGCUGUUGACCAAUUUAGGAA